AUGGAAGCACAUGAACAAUUCAAACAAGCAGAAAAAGCACUAGCCAAACGUUCUUUCUUUCGUCCUGCACCUGAUUAUCUGGUCGCUGCUCCAUUGUUUGAAAAAGCAGGUGAAUGCUUUCGACUUGGUGGAGACUUUGAAGCGAGUAAAGACGCUUUUCGACAAUGUGCCAAUGCGCAUCAACAUAAUCAAUCCUACUUUCGGGCGGCACAAGCAUGGGAGAAUAUAGCCAAGACAGCAUUACAACAGUCUCAAGCUCAACGUUCAGAAAACAAACCUAUUCAGACUGUUCAGGAACGUACGAUAGAAGCUCGUCAAGCUUAUGAAAAGGCUAGUAGUCUCUAUGUGGAAAUGGGAGAGCUAGGAAAAGCUGCAGAUGCAUUAUUAAAAGGUGCACAGACUUGCGAAAGUCAUGGAUGUAGUAGUCUUAAUCUCGACGAUCUCUUGCCUCUUUAUUGGCAAGCAUGUGAUCUACUGGAAGCACAGGAUAAACCUCAUUUUGCAGUUGAUACGUUUCGUAAGACACUGAGCUUUCUCGUAAAACAUGGAAAAUAUAUGGAGGGAAUCAAGCUAUUGGAUCGCAUGGUUAUACUAUAUCAAGCGAUGGAUCAGUCUCAUAAUGUACACAAGGCCCACUUGAGUCAAGUGAUUCUCCACCUUGCAGUAGGUGAUGUCCCUGCAGCAGAUGCACUCUACUCACGUUGCUUGCAGGACGAUUCGUUCUUAUCCUCAGAUGAUUGUGCACUUGCAGAGGACUUGGUACGGGCAUUCAAAAUGGGGAAUGAAGAUCUCCUGCAGGCCACCGUGCGCAAACCUGGUUUCAUGGCGCUUGACAAUGAGACCGGUCGGCUCUGCCGUAAAUUGUCCGUCUAUGGAUCAGAAAACGCUGCUUCAGCACAGCCGAAGCGCACCCAGAAACCUGUUUCAUCGCGUGCAGGAAACAUGCACCAACAACAGCAGUCAACGCAACAUAAUCCGGUUGCGUCACCAGCACGCGCAAGUCGAGCCCAACGCAAUCCGUUUGCGCCUUCUUCGAAAGUACCAGCUCAAGCGUCUUCGCUUCACUCGGAAUACGAGUCGUCCGAGACACCGACAGCGUUGACCACUGAUGCGCACGACAGUGACUAUGAAGCUGCGCUGGCCAAGGCCCUUGGCGAAGUCGACGUGUCAAAGAAGAAAAAAAAGCUCUCAGCACCAGCAUCGGCCUCCAAGACCAAGCAGCAUGCAUCGCCGACGCCUACUGCUACAUCGUCCAGAUUGUCGCCAAACCUGGCCUCAUCUCCGCCACCUGCCGCACAGCGUGCUAGCAAUCGCGUGGAUUAUGAAUGCGAUGGUCUCGAGUUUGCCAUGUCGGAUUCAGACUUGCUUGAGUUUUCGAUGAGCGACUCAGCACAUACUGGCACAAAUGACUACUGUGAUUCAUUUGAAUCGGCUACAGCACCUGCUCCGAAGGCGAAAGCACCAGUGUCCAAACGUGUGACUAAGGCAGCAGCUCCUGUGUACGAUGAAUUUGACUUGACAUAG